AUGUCCAUUUCCACAUUGGCCCCUCCCUCGUCCAGCUACUGGGUAUCGGCGCCGGCAAAGAAGAUGGCGGGUCGACGUCAAGAUGCGGAAUUUGGGUCGCGCCAAGCGGUUGAUCCUGUUGGGGGCACCAUGGGCUGUGUCCUGCAGCAGCAAGACAGCAAAAUCCAGCAAGCAAACAACGGGCAGACUGCGGCGUCUGAUGCCGGCAGCUUAGCCGCCAUUGGCCGGCUUACCCAGCAGCUAGGCGCAAAAGCAGCAAGGCCCGAGCAAAGGGAGUGUUUCGAGGCCCUGGCGGCACGACAGAGAUCCCUGUUUUCAGCAGCCAUGAACGCAGCCCGAGGGACUGACGGCGUUCCUGACUCGUCCGCGCCGGCAGCACGCCCCGUACAGCAGCACCUGGCAUGGAGCUUGCUGGGGCCCAGUUUCAGUGCUGUCGGGACCGUCUGGCGAGCCACAGCCCCCGCGCAUUGCACGCUCGGUAGCGAGAUCCAGGGAGCCAGAGGCGAUUUGCGCUGCUGGUAG